AUGCUGAGCCGGGGAGCAGGGCGCCUCGUUGCGAGACCGGGCGCGGCGCUGCGGCGCCGGCCGCGCGCGAGAUCGAUGGUGGUGGACGGCGAGAACUGGGCGUCGAAGCGCGAGACGACGCCGUGGGCCGAGCGCAACAAGGGACCGAUCCUCGAGGUGCUGCGUGGGCUCUUUGGCAAGGCCAGCGACGCGAACGGCUGCGUCCUCGAGCUCGCCUGCGGCACGGGGCAGCACGGGGCGUACUUCGCGCGGGAGCUUCCGCACGCCACGUUCUUCCCCACGGACGUCACGGGCGAGCGCUUCGAGAGCGUGGCCGCGUGGGCCGAGACCACGCCCAACAUGCGGCCCCCGCAGCUCCUCGACGCCAGCGCAGCGCCGGCCCUGUGGCCGCGCGCGCCGGCGCCGCGCUCGGGCUUCGAGGGCGUUCUCGUGAUCAACAUGACGCACAUCGCGCCCUGGGAGGCCACCGUCGGCCUCGCGAACGGCGCCGGGACCGUCUUGUCCCCGGGGGGAUUCGUGGCCAUGUACGGGCCGUUCAAGGUCGACGGCGCGUGCACGACCGCCUCGAACGCCGAGUUCGACCGCAACCUGAGGGCGCGGAACCCGGCGUGGGGGUACCGGGACGUCGCGGACGUGCGGGCCGCCAUGGAGAGUGCUGGCUUGUACCUGGAGCGGGGCCCGAUCGAGAUGCCGGCCAACAACUUCAUGCUCGUGUUCCGGAGGCGGCAGGCGGGCAGCACGGAGCGGGUGAUCGCGAUGGCGGCGUCCGGGGCGCCCGUCGUCGACUCGGCAGUGCACCUGUGGGCGCCCAAGGAACAGAGCGACAAGUACCCGUACGCGGGCUCGCUGAUCGGGUCGUCCGCGAAGGCGAACGAGCCCCCGAUGCCGGGCCACGCCGACCUUCUCAUCCAGGAGAUGGACGCGGCGGGCGUGGACAAGGCGCUCGUCGUGCAGCCGGGCAACCACCUGUACGACCACAGCUACGUCACGGACAUGCUACGCGCGCACCCGGACCGCUUCGUCGGCAGCCUGCUCGCGGAUCCCACCCCUGGCGGGGGCGGUGCGGCGGAGGUGAAGCGACUCGUGCAGGAGGAGGGCUACCGCGCGGUCCGCUUCAACCCGUACCUGUGGCCCGAGGGCGAGAAGAUGGACAACGAGGUCGGGCGCGCCAUGUACCGCGCGGCGGGGGAGUUGGGCGUGCCAGUCGGACACAUGCCGUUCAAGGGGCUCACGGGCCACAUGCCGGAGAUCGAGGCGCUCAUCGCGGACUGUCCGGACACGCGCGUCAUCAUCGACCACUUCGGAUUCUGCCCCUGCGGGGACCCUUCCAGCCAGGAGUGGAGGUCGCUGCUGUCGCUCGCCAAGCGGCCCGCGGUGCACGUGAAGCUGUCGGCGUUCUUCCGGGUGUCGGCGCAGGACUUCCCCUACAUGGACACGCGGCCGAUGAUCCGCCUCAUCCUCGACAGCUUCGGCCCCGACAAGUGCCUGUUCGGCACGGACUGGCCGUGGGUGUCGGAGAAGUGCGGGUACCAGAAGGCCUGGCAGGUGAUUGCCGCGGGGGACGAAAUCGAGGGACAGCCGCUCCUGCGGAGGGGGGAGUGGGAGGCCAUCACGCAAAAUACCCCCAAGAAGCUCUUCGGGCUCUGA